AGCGUAGGUCAAAUGUGGGAGGGCGCUCUGCGUUUCCUGUACCGCUACAUUGUAACUAAUCAUCAAAUUACAAUGUAAAUCCUAAUCGGAACAUUAUUUUCAAACGCAGAACAUAUCAUUCAUGUCAUAUCCAUCACCUGGAAUACCGGGUGGCAAUUAAUCAACGAAUACAUGGUUUGCGGUCUAAAUAUCAGGCGCUGUCACAUUGACAGCGGUAGGAUAUCCGGAAGACUUGAGGGAGGUUUGCACGAGCCAUUGCGGUGUUGACGUAAGAGCUAAAGCCUUUUCAACCGAUGUCUAAGGACCCUCCUCCAAGGUGACAUACAUCCAAUCACAGACUAGCAUGGGAGAAGAUGGACAUUCCAACUGCCAAUCAGAGCUACGGACAUGGCGGGCAGCCCGGGGUGUGUCAUAAUGGCUGGUCAGCAACCACACCCCCGACCGGUCUUGGAUGUACCACUGCCCAAGGACUCUCCAGUGACCCUCUACCCAGCUUACAGGGUCUGAACCUGGGCCCAGCCUCACACCAGAAUCUCUCUAAUAACAUCCCUCAAUCCAUGGUUCAGUUACAGUACUCACACCAGGGCUGUCUCAGCAGUCUUCCUAUGCCCCCAUUUAGGAACCAAUCACCUUCAACUCUGAUACCAUGCCUGAAUCAAGAGCCUCACAUACCACAUGUAGACAUGGGUCCUUAUAUUUCCUACAACAUCCCUCCACCAUCAACACUCCUCCCUCUGAAACAAGGACCGCCAGCUAGCCGGCCUCCAUCCACGAUACCGUCUUCAAACCACGGUCCCCAGAAUACUGUCUCUCCUCCAGUCUCUUCCUCUCCUCCAUAUCCUCCAUAUCCGUAUGCAAACCAAGGCUUUGUGAAUGGCCCCCCGGUGACGUUGACAAGUCCAAACCAAGGCUUUGUGAAUGGCCCUCCGGUGACGUUGACAAGUCCAAACCAAGGCUUUGUGAAUGGCCCUCCGGUGACGUUGACAAGUCCAAACCAAGGCUUUGUGAAUGGCCCUCCGGUGACGUUGACAAGUCCAAACCAAGGCUUUGUGAAUGGCCCUCUGCGUUGACAAGUCCAAACCAAGGCUCUGUGAAUGGCCCUCCGGUGACGUUGACAAGUCCAAACCAAGGCUUUGUGAAUGGCCCUCCGGUGACGUUGACAAGUCCAAACCAAGGCUCUGUGAAUGGCCCUCCGGUGACGUUGACAAGUCCAAACCAAGGACCUCCCAACAGCAGUUUUUCAUCCAUGUCACCAUGUGGGAGCCAGGGCCAACAGUGUUCACACCCGUAUCCUCCACAACUCACCUCACCAGUCCAGCACCAACCUCAAUGGGCCCUGCCUCAGCAACACUAUAGUCACAGUGGUGUAAUGUACAAGCCUGGUACCAUCUCGCAUCCUGUACAGGAGGGUACCACCAUGCAACCGUCCUGUCCAUCUCCGGGGGACAGUGGGGUGUCCGGCCCCAGCUCACUUAUCUCAGAGUCUCGCUAUGGGCUACACCCUCAGCUUCUACCCAGCGCUGUGCGUGUGAUGGAGGAGGACAGGACAGCGUGGGAGGGGAAGGUGUUUGUGUCUGAACCCAUCUCCUCUCUACCUCCGCUGGCUACCACAGACUGUGUUGUUGAGGACAGAGGUAACUGCAGUCCUCGGUUCAUCCUUUCUACCUCCUACUGCGUUCCGUGUGAGGGCCAGACAGCCCUCCAGAGCCACCUACCCCUGGGGGCCCUAGUCACCCCUCUGGCUAGGUUACACACAGGAGAGCGCCCCCUGUCUGUGUGUAUGGAGGCAGACACUGUAAAGGGCUGUGGGGAGUGUGGGGCUUACAUGUGUUCAGCUAUGGGAUGGCAGGACUGUGGACAGAGAUUCUACUGCCCAUUCUGUGGGAAACUCCGUGAAGUUGGAUGGCAGCAUUACCAGCCAACACAGGGAGUAGAGGGGAACAGAGUGGACAGAGAGCAGAGACCUGAGCUCAGUCUGGGCUCCUAUGAGAUACUGGACAGUCAACAGGAUGUGCCUGCUGCUGUAUUGCUCCUGGCUGUGGAUGUGUCUGCUGCAGCACUGAGAGGAGGAAACCUGGAGCUCAUCAGUCAGCAGCUACGUUCUCUACUCACAUCACUAAAUAGGGAGGAAGGUGCGUUCCAAUCAGAUGUCCGUGUGGGGUUGAUGACCUAUGAUAGCCGAAUCCACCUCUAUGACCUCAGCCCUGCCCUGUCCCGCCCACACAUGCUGGUCGUCACGGAGACAGAGGACCUGCAGCUUCCUGUGCGGGAGGGGCUUCUGGUGCCACUCAAAGACUGCAUAGACAGUAUCAACAGUGUCCUGCAGCGUAUCCCUGUGUUCAGUGCAGAGUUUGAGGAGGCCAGUGGAGUUCUCCUGGAGCUGCCUGUCAAGGCUGGACUGGCCGUUCUACAGGAGGUGGGUUGUCCUGGCAAGCUGCUGGUCUUCCAAACCGCUCCCUUCACCGAGGGAACACACACACACAACUCCUCUGGCUUCUUCAGCUCCAACAAACCAAAGUCUCUGUUUCAGCCUCCGGACACUGCUGUGUCAUUGGCUAAGGAGUGUGUCAGUCAGGGCUGUGGCGUGCACCUGUUUGUGUUCUCCCAGCAGGAUGUGGGCGGGGCUUGGCCGGGACACGUUCCUUACCUGACAGGUGGAGAGCUGCACUGCUACCACAGUCUCCAGGGAGAGUUGGACAGGGAGCGUUUCAGCAGUGACCUGAGGAGGACUGUAGAGACAGAGACGGGCUAUAGGGCCACACUCAGGGUACACGUCAGUAAAGAUCUGCGCGUGUCAGGGUGUUAUGGCUCGUUCGUCCCCGGGCCCAACCCCGCCCACGUCGCUAUGGCAACCCUUGAUUGGCGGACGACACUGGCCGUUGAGUUAACACACAGCAGAGCUCUGGACGAAAAGAGGGGCGUGGUCAUACAGACCAUCCUGUCGUACACCAGCCAGCAGGGAGAGAGGAGGACCAGGGUCCACAGUCUGUCUCUGUGCUGCUCACACCACCUACUGGACACCUUCUGUAACUGCCAGGCCCAGACCCUGCUCACCUUCUACUGCAAGAAGAUGUACUGUGCCGUGUUGGAGCGCCCUCUACAGGAGCUGAGAGAGGAACUGCAGACAGAGGUGACAGAGUCUUUGGCCUGCUAUAGGAAACACUGCAGCUCGUCCUCUGUGUCCCCGGGACAGCUGGUCCUUCCCCAGUACCUGAAGACCCUGCCAGUCUACCUCAACAGCCUGAGGAAGAGUGAAGUUCUGCUACCCGGCCUCCGCAGCUCAGUACACCAACGCCUGCAGCUCCGCUGUCAAGUGGUCUCCAUGGAUACCAAGACCACAGCAGGACACUUCUACCCUCUGCUGCUACCACUGCCAGUAGGUGGCAAUACCUCCAGUCCUCUCAGCCUAGGGGAGGCUGUUCGCUGCACUGCUGCUAGCCUGGACCAUGGAGGUCUCUACCUGGUCCACGGACCCCUGGUUCUGCUACUCUGGGUGGGCCACAACAUCGCCAACACCUCCCUGGUCCAACUCUUCAACAUCACCUGUCUGUCCACGCUACCCUCUGGAGAGACGAAGCUGCCUGUGCUGGACAACCCUCUGUCUGUUAGUGUGAGGUCACUCAUCAACACCCUGAACUCACAGACACACUAUACUCGCAAGCUGCGUGUGGUGAAGCAGGGGGACAGCUGUGAGGAGGCUCUACAGCGCCUCCUGGUAGAAGAUAAGAGUCCCAAUGGGGGAGCGAGCUACGCUGACUUCCUGUACCACCUCCAUGUCAACUCUAUACAACUGCUGGUUCGUUAGUUGUAAAAUGUUUUGAACUGGAAACGCAAACGUUGGUUUCUUAUUGGACAAGUCCAGCUUAUCCCUCCCAUGUUUCACUCAGCUUUUCUUCUGUUUGGGACCUAAUGAACAUGACCCUGGUGUUUUCAGCAGGAUGGCUAGGGGUUUGUUCAGAUCACCUCAACCACAUCUGAAUGAUCGUAUCCUUAUUUGAUGUACAGUAUGCAACUGGUUGUUGUACUGGAGGGCAUCAGCAAAUGGUCAUGUCUUAUUUGUUUGACUGUUGUAUUAAUAACUUUUCAAAUCAAAUAACAUGUUAUUGGUCACAUACACACGGUUAGCAGAUGUUAUUGGUCACAUAGACACGGUUAGCAGAUGUUAUUGGUCACAUAGACACGGUUAGCAGAUGUUAUUGGUCACAUACACACGGUUAGCAGAUGUUAUUGGUCACAUACACACGGUU